CCUCUCCUCCCCUUCCUUGUCCUUUGCAAGACGCGUCACCCUGGGUGUGGAAGAGAAUAUCCUUGCGCAGGGUUGCUAUGGGUGAAACUUUUCAUUUACUUUGCUCACUUUGGGCCAGGGAGAGGGUGGCUUCAGGUUCCCUGUGGAGGGAGGGAAGGAAGGAAGAAGGGGGCGCCCCAGUCAACAUCCCCGCACCCUACUUCUGAUUGGGCCUGUAGAAGGGGGAGAAGUUAUCUAAACAGCAUCCAUUUAAUUUUUUUUAAAAAAAUCGAACGCCCACCACCACAUCAGCACUUUGUGAGAAAGAAACUCCCAAGAAACACCCUGGAAAGAAGAAGCCACCAAGCCAUCUCACCUGGUGCUGGAAAAAAGAAGAUUGUUUGGAGCCAAAUUCCGUCUGUUUGUGUCCUCUGUCUAUUUUUAAUAUACUGCCCUACCUUGCUUGCUGUGAAGGGAGUAUGCAUCUGGAGAUCAAAGUUGCUCUGAACUUCAUCAUUUCUUAUCUGUACAACAAACUUCCAAGGAGGCGGGCUGACCUGUUUGGUGAAGAGCUAGAGCGGCUGCUGAAGAAAAAAUAUGAAGGCCAUUGGUACCCAGAAAAGCCUCUGAAGGGUUCUGGCUACCGCUGUGUUCACAUUGGGGAGACUGUGGACCCUGUAGUCGAGAUGGCAGCCAAGCGGAGUGGGCUGGCAGUGGAGGAUGUGCGGGCCAAUGUUCCUGAAGAACUGAGUGUCUGGAUUGACCCAUUUGAAGUCUCCUACCAGAUUGGUGAGAAAGGGUCUGUCAAGGUCUUGUAUCUAGAUGACAGCGAGGGCUGCAGUGCAGCCGAGUUGGACAAGGAGAUCAAGAGCAGCUUCAAUCCUGACGCUCAGGUGUUUGUCCCCAUUGGAAGCCAGGACAACUCCUUGUCCAACUCUCCAUCCCCAUCUUUUGGCCAGUCACCUAGCCCCACGUUCAUCCCCCGCUCUGCCCAGACCAUUACCUUCACCACUGCCACUUUUGCUGCCACCAAGUUUGGCUCAACUAAGAUGAAGAAAGGCGGUGGAGGUGGGGCAGGCACCCCUGGCACAGGGGUUCCACAGCAGCAGCAGCAGCAGCAGCGUCUGGCCCGUUCACCCACCAAUGGCCUGCUGAAGCAUAAAGGUCUCUCCCUGUCUAUGCAUUCUCUGAACUUCAUUGGGGGGAGUACGGCCCCUCAAUCUCAGCUCUCCCCCAAUGCCAAGGAGUUUGUUUACAAUGGUGGAUCGCCAGGAGCCAGCAGCCUCUUCUUCGAUAGUGUAGCCACUGAAAACCAGGCUGGCAGCAUCCCUCCUGCAUCCCAGUUCAGUGCCAGUGGUGGUGGCAGCAACAGCUUUGACAUGGCUCAGGUCUUUGGUGGCAGCACCAACAGUCUAUUUCUGGAGAAGACACCCUUUGUGGAAGGACUCAGCUACAAUCUGAAUGCCAUGCAGUAUCCCAGCCAGUCGUUCCAGCCUGUGGUUUUGGCCAACUGACCACCAUAAGAGUAUUCUGGGGGAAAUAACUUCCAAAAAAAGAGAAAAAAUAAUUAGAAAUAUUUGAAAUCUUAUAAAUAUAGCUUCUUGGAAAGAGACAAAUCCUGAUUCGUUGUGUCAUGCCAGGAAGCGCUGCUGAAGCACUGAUUAUUUUUUAAAACUUCUUUCCUGUGCUCUUUCCUACCUGUUGUACACUUAAUGAGGGAGGUUAUCGUUCUCAGCCCAGCAGCGGUGGGAACCAGAGCCACUUUCUAUUAUCUCCCGUGCUGCUUCUUGGAACUGGUUCUCAGAUAUGCUUACUGUAAGGAUGGCAUUGUUCAGAGUGCUGUUAUGUCCCUUGCACCCAGAUAUCUUGGGUUUUUCUGUUUGGAGGGGCCUGGGGUGGGGGAUGGAUUUCUGGAUGUGUCAUGUCUCCAGCACUUCCUAGGGGAGACCUGUGGCUUGCUUCUCUGUGUGAAAAGUGGCAUAAACGGGGUAAAUGCAUUCAUUUCUUGUAACACUCAGAUUUUUGUAUUCCUGUUGCACAGUGGGAAUAGGACAAAGUUCUCGCCUGUUUUUUUCCUGUACUAACUGGUGAUGGAUGCUGGAAGAGACAGCAUCUGGAACAGGUUUUUGCCUAGAGUUUUCCAUUGCAAGCCCCUCCUCCCUCUAGCCCCCUUAAGAGUCUGGGGUGGGAUAAACUCUUUGGGAAGCUCAGACCCAAUGUCAGCUGCUAAUGCUAUGAUAUAUAAAUAGGACUCUAGAUGCAAACACUUCUGACUUGUCAGGAAAAAUUAUCCAUGUAUAUUGCACUCUUUCAAGGGUGGGAGUGAACAUUGGCCUUCCAGGGUUUUUUGUGCCUGAGCAGCUCCCAUCAAUGUUCAUCUGGACCAAUCGCCGUGGUUUAUGGGGUCUGGGCUCUUCUGUUGACAGCUGAGCAUUUGGUUACUAAUUCUUAUGGAAAGGAUGGUUUCCUGCUCUUGAAUACGGUAGCACUACUCUUUGGCAGGGAAGAAGGAGUUACAGUGCAGACUGCUUUCUGGAUGAACAGCAUGAAGGUUUGCACUUUGAAUCUCAUGUCUCUUAAAUCUUUUGACCAAAAACCUUAUGAUUUUUCAUUUGAAAGGAAGCAGGUAUUCCUGUACAGAAGAGCACUCCACAUAACAGGUCCAGCAUGACUUGUUCCAUCUCGACUCUUCACAAGGCAUGAAGUGGGCUUGCUGUAGAACCUAUGUUACUUAACAUGUGGUGAGGAGAAAGUGUUCUCUGAUAAGAAUGUAGAGUCUCUCCUUCCUUAUUGUUGCUAACGACCUAGGAAUCCUAAUGGUAUUUCCUGCAUCUCCCUUUUCUGUUAGGAGAGGACAGCCUGGAAGACAGGGACAGUAGUGGCCUUCAAGAGUGAGUUUUUUUGCAGAUGAGUUGGCAAACCUUUCCUCAUCCUGUGAGAUAAUUACAAAGUCCCAAAGUUUACCUCUAUAUAUGGUGAUAAGAAGUGAGAGAGCUGCUGGGUAGUUGCCAUAAAGCUGUGUAGAAGGAGGGCUGUGGAUUCCAUACUCCAGGCAUAUUCUCUCCACCAUUACUACCCACUUUUCCCUCUCUCCAGCGGCAUGCCUUGGAGUGUGUAUAAAGUGUUGCUUCUGCACCUUCUCUGGUAAAGUCAUAUUGAAUAGAUAAGCUACAAUUCUACAACUCUCCAGUGUCUUGGCAGGAGACGUUUAAGUUCCCACACAAGCUAAACUGAAGAUUCCCUGCAGGACUGUAAAUGAACCUUAACUGCCAUAAGCAUCUGCCCACCUGUGAAGGAUGCCUAUCCUUGAUGCACUAAAGAUCAUUGGGUGUAGUUCAUGGGGAACAUCUCCUGCUCAAGUCACAUUGAUGUGAAUGGGAGUUGUGCAAUUGAUGAGGCUUAUGCAGGAGAUCUUCCCAAGGUGCCCCCAGUUUGAGCCCUUUUGUUUCCAUGAACCCCUUCUCACCCCUCCAUCUUUGCUGGGCUGAGGAAAGUGACACUAAACUUUUUUUCUGCAUUCUGCCUAUUUUCUAUGAGCCACUAAGUGGAUGAGGAGGGAAGACACUGUUGGGCAGUAAUGUGAUGGGUAAAGUUUCAUGAGGCUAGAAGUCCUAAACCUGAACAAAACAUGUAGGACCUGUUCAGCAAAUACAUUUGUUUGUCUUUUCCCCUAACAUUUCCACUGCCACCUACUUCUUCCCCCUCUAGAGUGUACUGUAGACUGCCAUGCUUUUUACACUGGACUUGAACCAUAUCUCCCUCCCUAGGAGAGCUGCCGGCUUCCUAUCUAUCCAGCAUAAUCUUUAUUUGACAACUUCCACCUGCAGCAGAAAGCUGCCAUGAGCCACUGCCUUGGGUGGGAUUAUGCAUCCUUCUAAGACAUAGUAUACUGAAGGGAGAGGGGAAACCUCACUAGCACCUGCAACAUGUGAUGUAUGACACUGCUUUAUCCUGCUAACUGCUGUUUGAUAAGAAGUCUGCAUACAUGAGGAGGAAAAGGGGAGGGACCAACCUUUGUAUUUCCUAAAGGAACACAUACCGUGCUUCAGAAGCAUUUCCAGUGCUGGCGACAAUGAAACUCGCGGCCUCUUUUUUGGUCUUGUUGUCUCAAGAGUUAGACGUUCAGCUUCAAUUUUAUUUUUAAAACCUGCACUAAUUUACCUGGUUUUCUUAGGAAGAAAAAGAGAUUUUUUUUUAACUUUUAUUUUUAUGGGUUUGUGUUAAUUUUUUUGUUGUCCGUUUAUAUUGAAUAAUUUGCUACAUUUGUAAAAUGUAAGAGGUAUAUAUAAUAUAUGUAUAUUUCUAACGUAAAAAAUUGAAAUUUUUUUCUUUUCAAGAUUUUUUCUUAGAGGAGAGAGAAAAAAUAUUUUUUCAGGAAAAUUUUAAAAAAGCAGCAGUGAAAGCUCCUUUUCUCCCCUCGCCUCCCUCCUUCCUGACCCUUUUUGAAGAGUGAAUCAGCAACGUGUGAUCUUAGGGGAUGGAUGAAAGCAAAGAAGACAGAAUUAUGUGUGUUUUUUAAUGCAGAGGUCCAUGCUGUUCUUGUUUGGUUUUUGGUUAUUUACACACAGGGGGCCAUUGAGUAGGGAUCCAGAGGGGGUUUUCUUUCUUUUCUUUUUUCUCUAGCGAAGGAGGAAUACAAUCAGAGUUUUGUAUUCAGAAUGUUGUGCAAUAUUUUGGAACAGGACAUUGGCGUGUCUAGAGAUUUAGUUAAACAACAAAGGUUGAUCAAAUCUGUACAGUUUCUAUUGUUCCAGAUUUUUUUAAGUUUGUAUUAAAAGCAUGAUAUAUAAUA